AUGUAUCAGGAUCUGAAAAGAUACUAUUGGUGGUCCGGAAUGAAGAGGGACAUAGCAGAUUUCGUAAGCCGUUGCUUGACCUGCCAGCAGGUGAAAGACCCCGAGGCAGUGCCCAGCAGGAUUGCUACAGCCCCUGAACAUUCCUCAGUGGAAAUGGGAAGCAGUCUGUAUGGAUUUUGUCUCGGGUUUGCCAAAGACAAAGCACGGUUUCAACGUCAUCUGGCGGUGCAGAAAAUAAAGCAGAGGAUACUCACCGCACAAAGCCAACAGAAAAGCUAUGCAGAUGUGUGUAGAAGGGACCUCGAAUUUGAGGUGGGUGACCACGUGUUCCUGAAGGUAGCCCCUAUGAGGGUGGUGUUGAGGUUCGGAAAGAAGGGGAAAUUGAGCCCAAGGUUCAUAGGCCCCUUCAAGAUUUUAGAAAGAGUUGGGGUUGUGGCUUACAGAAUUGCCCUGCCACCGAACCUUGCCGUCGUGCACAAUGUGUUCCACGUAUUCAUGCUGCAAAAGUACACUCUAGACCCUACUCAUGUUAUUGAGCAUGAGAUGCUUCCUCUUUGGGAAGAUCUGUCUUACGAGGAGAAGCCUAGCAGAAUUUUGGCUCGAGACACUAGGCGGUUGCGCAACAAAGAUAUUCCCUUGGUAAAGGUCUCAUGGGGUAACCACCGUGAGGAAGAGGCAACCUGGGAACGAGAAGAGGACGUGAGGAGAGCUUACCCCGAACUCUUCCAAGAGAUAUCCACUUUCGGGGACGAAAGUUUCUAA